UUAACGUUCACAUAAAAAUUCAUCGCUUUAUUAACAAAAAAUAUAUGAAAUUCUCGGUGAAUUAAUCCUGCAACAAAUAUGGAUCCCUGCAAGUACCGCAAUUACAUGGACGAGAUGCUCGAAAUAAUUGACGAGAUCGGAUGCCGAAAACCCGAACCGGAAGUAUGCAACGUCAGAUGCCCGCCUCUAGGCUGUCCACGAGGACCUUGUCCAGGAAUGUGCUGUUAUCAGGAAGAUUGCGAUCCUUGUUGCAUAUCAAAAAUGCCUUGUUCUCCACCACCUCCUCAACCUCCUGGUUGUCGAGCACCUGCGUUGUGCUGCUUAAAAGCCUACGCCAAGGCAGUCGGCUACCCUCCAGAAUCUCCUCUUUCUCCACCUUGUACACGAAUACGUCGUAAACUUUGCGUCGAAAUGCUCGACAAAAUUUGUCGUCCUCCAUCAGUUUGCACCACCGUACCUUAUUGCCCAUCGCCUUGUUGCACAGUCCCACCCUGCAACCCCUAUCCAUGCUGUUAAUUAACAUCGUUAACAAUUUAUUAU